AUGGCAAAGAGUGUUCGAGCCAGUGUAACCAAGCGCAACAGGGCCAAACUCCGGGCCACAGUCUUUGGCCCUGCUGCUGAUGCACGGACAGAGAGGCUAUCUGCAAAGUUGAAAGAGCUGGCUUCUCAGCCGAUAAUCAGAGAACACAAAAGUUCAAGUAUGGAACUGGAUUCUACAGGAACUGAGAUCAAAUCUCCGCGGAAUCACAUUGCUGAUAUCGGUGUCCUUCUAGACAUGGAUGUCGACACAAUGUCUGUUAAGCACACUCAAAGUCGCUCUAAGAAGCCAGGACGUGUUCAAAAACGCAAGAAGGCCCGUUCUUCCAUUGUCUUCCAAACGCAUCCUUUGAAAACAAAAAAGGGAUCUCGAAGGAAGUGA